GAGGCCAACCAAGGAGUGAAGUUCAUAUUGAUUCCUCAUAAUACACUGUAACGUUAGAGUGCCAAUUUUAAGUAUGAGGAGGCCCACAAAGUCCACAAUAAUCAACCGUAAAAGGGCAAACGAAGAUCUAGCUAACAAAGAAAAUGUUGACCAUAAUGUUCACAAACGUUCGUUGCACCAUCACAAUGGAUCAUCAAAUGUUCUCAUUGAUAGAACAAAUGUCUCGCUUUUGCCAUUUAAUCGUUCUUCGAGUGUGAGGACAAUGAAUAUCAGUAAUAAAGGGCAAUGCUCAAAUGUGUGUCUUCCCGACUACCAUCAUAUGUGUGACGAAGUAUCAACGCAUAUACAAGAUGAACUUCCAUCACAAUCACAUCAAGUCGAAGUAUUGCAUUUGCCAUUUAAUCAUUCUUCAAGUGUGAGGACAACGAAUAUCAAUAAUGUAGACCAAUGCCCAGAUGUGCGUCUCCUGGA